AGAUGAUGAUUGAAAAAUUGCAACGGAGGGUUUAACUUUCAGAGCACCUUCUUCUUUAUUCCCCGUCAAAUUCAAGUUUCAACCCAAUCAAAACCCUAAAACCACGCCACAACAAACAUCAUCACCAUGUCUUCAUCUCCAUCCGAGAAAUCCCAAAACCCACAAUCAGAUCACACCGCCGACCACCCUAAAACCCUACACCCUCAAAACCCAGAUCAAGAAUCUACAGAGCCGUCUCCAAGACUCGAAGAAACUGAAAAUCAAGAAGCCGAAGAGGAAGGAGAAUGCGGAUUUUGCUUAUUCAUGAAGGGAGGCGCCUGCAAAGAAGUUUUUAUCAACUGGGAAAAAUGUAUUGAAGAAGGCGAGAAAAACAAUGAAGAUAUAGUCGAUAAAUGUUUCGAAGCUACCUCAGCGUUAAAGAAAUGUAUGGAAGCGAAUCCAGAUUACUACGGCCCAAUUUUGCAGGCGGAGAAGGCGGCGGAGCAGGAAGCAAUCAAGCAGUUGGACAAGGAGAAAGAGGCCGCCGCCGCAGCCACAUCAGAUUCAGGGGAGGAGCAACAAAAACCGGCGAGUUCUUAAUUUUUGGGGAAAAUCGAUAGCAUAAGGAAUUUUUUUGAGGUAAUUACGACGAAAAACCGGGAAUCAAUGAAAUUUUUUGUUGAAUUUUAUAAUUAAGAUACAUGAAUUUAGCGUAGCCACAUGACUGGUUGCUUAAUUUUCUAGUUUUAGGUUUUGAUUUUCGGUUUACAUUGAAGAUUGAUUGCACAAAAUGAAUACGCCCGCAUUCUUGA